AUUUAAAAGCUCUUGGUUUUUUUAUCACAGCCCCGUAACUCAAACAUAAUCUCCCCCUUCCUCUCUCUUUCGUCUACCAAAUCAACGUCAAACCUAAAAAAAAAGAAGAAAAACAUUGUUUUCUUUGAUAAUCUGGAGAAACACGGCAACCUACCAAGCUGCUUGUGGUUUUUAGUCAUAUAACACCAACGCCCUUCUUAUCUUUUCCUUGAAAUUUCUCUGAUCCCCCCCCCCCCCACUUAUUGUUUUUUUUAUUACUCUUUCGAGAAACAAACUUGUAUCAGGUGAAUCCCAGUUUCAGGAGUUAAGCUAACUCUUCUUCUUCUUCUUCUUCCAGGGAAGGAUCUAUCUCUCUCUUUAUUUGAAACUUAACCAAAAUGGCUCGUCCACAAGACCCUCCACGCGGUUUCUUCCCUUUUGGUAACCCCUUCAAGAAGAACAACCUCUCUUCCAAGAACCCUUCCCUAUCCCCAAAGCUUCUCUCCCUCUUGAACACUUUCGAGACCAACUUAGCUUCUUCCAUCACAAAGCUUGUCCCCAAGGAAAAGUCUCAAAUCCUGACUCUUUCAUGGAUGAAGCAAGCAAUGGAAUCUCUUUGCCAGACCCACAAUGCUAUCAAGACUCUUAUAACCGAUCUAGAGCUCCCUGUCUCAGAUUGGGAGGACAAAUGGGUCGAUGUCUACCUUGACAUCAGCGUCAAGCUCCUUGACCUCUGCAACGCCUUUAGCUCUGAGCUAUCCCGCCUCAACCAAGGCCAUCUCUUCCUCCAGUAUGCUCUCCAUAGCUUGGAGACUAACGCUCCGAAAGCACAAUCAUCCCUCGACAGCUGGAAGCAACACAUCGUUUCCAAGAACCCGAGGUUGGAGAGUUGUCAUGCAAUCUUGACCAGUCUUGUUCAAACCUUGAAUCUCCCCAAGGUGAAAAACUCUGCCAAGGGGAAAGUCUUGAUGCGAGCCUUGUACGGUGUUAAGGUCAAGACUUUGUACAUUUCCGGUGUUUUCGCUGCUGCCUUCUCAGGCUCAUCGCAGAAUCUGCUGUACGUUACGGUCUCAAACGAGCUUCCAUGGGCACAGUCCUUCAUGGAUAUGCAGAACACAAUGAACUCAGAAAUGAAGAGCAUAUUUUUAUCAGACGGGUUAACCGUUCUGAAAGAGCUUGAGGCUGUUGACUCAGGUGUUAAGAAACUUGCCCCUGAGAUCCAACAAGGGUCGGUAGAUCCCAUCUCGCUGCAGUCACUGAAGGGGUCGGUCACAGAGUUAACGAAUGGGAUAGACCUUGUCUCCAAGGAGGUGGAUUGCUUCUUCAAGAUUCUGUUAUCGGGGCGAGACACUUUGCUGGAGAAUCUCAGGUCGAUUGGCGCACCAACGUUGGUACUGGCAACAUCGCCAAAAAAGGCUGCCGGAAAAAAGCAAAGAGGAUUCUGAUAAACUGCUCUUGUGUGAAUAGAUGGUAUUAUUAUAAGUGUUGUUCCAUCUUGGUCCUGAAUGUAUUAUUAUUAUUAGGUGCUUGUGAUAUUGUGGUCGUUUGUAUGAGACGCAGUGAAACUAAUAUUUGUAUAAGAAAAGGUUUUAUCAACAUAUCUAUAAAGCUCUAUAAUAAUGUUCUACAAAUUGUUGAGAUGUACUUCCAACAGUUACCCCCUUAGCCACCAUUUUGUAGAAGAAAUAAGAGCAUC